UCUUUAAGACACCAGACUAUGAACACAUAGAUUGAUGAGCGCGCCUGUCAGCCGAAGUUCAGAAUGUUGACCGACUUGGACAGCUACUGUCAGAGGCCCGGAAGAUUGAAAUAAGGGUAUUAUCACUCAACUAUAGCUCCUAGUGCUGAUGUGUUGUAAUACAAAUUUCCGGUAGCUGCAGCGAGUUACUCAGUGGAUAGCAUGGCCGCGGACGGGACGCCGCGUCGGGGCAGCACCAUAGCGGAGAAGAUAGCUCUCUUCAGGUCACCUUCAGCAGCAGCAAAUGCAGCCAGGCCCUCCCAGCGAGAUGACGAGUUCUGGUGGCAGCAGCAGCAGCAGCAGCAGCAGCAGCAGCAGCAGAAGAGUGCACAGCGGCGCCCGGACGCGCCCGGGUCCCAGACCUCCCCAACGACGCGGGAGGGCUCGCCAACGCGCCCUAGGCAGCCAUCACCCCCCGUGCUGGCGUCUAGCGAUGCACUAUACCGGCGGAAGGACCAGGGAUUGGUGACCACACCAGGUGUUGCAGGCCACGGCAACGCCACCAGCGGGCUCAGUGCGGCAACAGCGGCCGCCCUGCAACGGCUUGCUGGGGAGCAUCGUUCCCUGUACAACGCCAUCAUGUCGCUGGAGCGGGGCCCUGACGGCGGCCUGUCUGACAGCGCCAUGCGGAUGGUGGAAUCGGCGCUAGCUCGCUCUAGAGCCGCUGCUGCCGUGACCGAUGCUCAGGUGGCGGCUGCCAGCAAUGCAGCGCAGGCUGCCGCAGCAGCUGGGGGCAGCAGCUACGGCGCAGGCCGGGCGGCUGGGACUUCCCCGCCACCUGGCAACGGCCGGGGACACACCACCACCACGUUCGUGGCACAGCCCGCCCCUGUCAGCGGCCGUGCCGUGCAGGCAAUGCAGCGGCAGUCGAAGCAGCAACAGCAAGAGGUACUGUUGCAGCAGGUGCGCAUGCAACAGGCCCAGACGCACAUGCACGCACAGGCCCAGGUAGCAGCGCAGGUGCAGGCACAGGCGCAGGCACAGCUGCAGGCACAGGCGGCAGUGCGGAUGCAGGCACAGGGGCAGGCACAGCUGCAGGCGCAGAUGCAGGCUCAAGCCCAGAUGCAAGCGCAGGCGCAGAUGCAGGCGCAAGCACAGAUGCAAGCGCAAGCGCAGAUGCAGGCCCAAGCCCAGAUGCAAGCGCAAGCGCAGAUGCAGGCGCAAGCACAGAUGCAAGCGCAAGCGCAGAUGCAGGCGCAAGCGCAAGCGCUGGCGGCCGCUGCGGGUGCAGCUCGCCUACGCAGCAGCAGCGGCGGCAGUGGCGUUGCGGCUGAGAACAGUGUGGAGUCCCUUUUGAACAGGUACAGGCCCUCGGCCCAGGCGCGAAACGUGGCCUCCACUGCACCUUCCGCCGCAGGAGCCAUAGUGAGCGGCAGCGCCCCCGCCAGCAAAAUCCCAGCACCGGAGCCGCCGCCGCCAGCCGCUGCCGCCGCUGUGCCCGCGGCUGCGCCCGGCCCAAGCUCUGAUGCAGCAGCAGCGGCUUCUGCUGCUGCCGCGGCUGGUACCAACAUCAACAACAACUCCCGCUCAGAGGACAGCAGGCAACGGGAUAGCUCGGGCGGCUCGGGUCCAGACAGCAGGUCUCGGUCCCGCUCCCGUUCGGGUUCGCCUGAGCGCAGGCCAGGGAGUGCGGCCGCCGACAAGCUUGAAAAGAUCAAACGCCUGGCUAACAUCGCCGCUCGCAUCGCGGGCUCGGCCAGCGGCAGCGGCGGAGAAGGACCGCCGUCAGCACGCGGCGACGGUAGCGGUGGUGGCGCGGCAGCAGAGGUGGCUGCCGCCGCGAGUGCAGCGGCCGCGGCAGCAGCGGACGCGGCAGCAGCGGCGCUGGCGCCGCCACACGCGGCUGCAGCGGACGCGGCAGCUGAUGAGGCGAGCGAAGCGAGCUCGCCGGACGGCCUUGUGUCAGAGCCCAGCCUGUCUGCCUUCCACGCACAGACAGCGGCAGUGAUUGCGGCUAGCGUUGAGUCAUCGGUGGUGUUCGCGCCUACGCAGCCACCGCCACCUCCUCCGGCACCCGCCCCGCCAGCACCGGCGCCGCCGCCGCCUGAGCCCACGCCGAGCGCCUUGGCGCCUGCUGCGGCAGCCGUGGCUGCAGGCCGCCGAGUGCAGUUCUCGUCCGGGCAGCCCGAGGUACGGCUAUUCUCUCAGGGCGUCAUUGCGGGGCUAUCACCGACCUCCUCGGUAAAUCCCGCCGCAACACCAGCAGCACCCGGAGUAGCUGCUCCAGGCAAUGUGGGCACGGCGCCCGCACCCGGCGUGACCCCGGCGCCAGCCUCCACAGAUGCAAAUGUUGGCCAAGCUGCAGCAGCGACAAGCGCGGCUGGCGUCGCGGCGCAGGCAGCCGCUGGCGAAGCAGGCGCCGCCGCAGCGGGACCUUCCACGUCGGCCGCCGGAAUCUCAGCCGCCCCACAGCAGCAGCAGCAGCAACAGCAACAACAGCAGCAGCUCGCGCUGGCGCCGCCACCAGUGGUCCUGCUGCCAUCGCCCAUCCCGCCUGGUAGCCCCGGCUCGCCCAAGCCCACACACAUCUUCAUCCCAGCUGACCCCAAGCUGCCGCCAUCGCUCGUGGCCGUGCCUGGCUUCCAGCCGCUCCCACGAAGCAGCGUCAGCCCCACGCGGCUGCGCCGCUCCCAGAGCGGCAGUCCCGGCCAGGGCACAAGCCCGCCCCGCCGCCAGGGCGACUCGCGCCAGUCCUCACCCGCCAAGGACGGCGCAGCCGCCGCAGCGGCCAGCAAGCCGACCGCGGAGAGCAAGCCAGACGCCAGCGCCGGGGCCGGCAGCAGCGAGGCAGCUGGUAGUGCUGCUCCUGCUGCUGGUGCCGCUGGAACUCCUGCUGGGGCUGGUCGCAAGAGCGAGAUUGACCGGAUGCUGGACUCGGACUCGGACGAUGAGGUGCCGGGUGUGAAGGGCGCGGCGGCGGCGCGGGUGGUGAACGAGAUGGAGGUCGAGAAGAAUGCCCGCGCACAGGCGGCGGCGCAGAUGGAGCGCGAGGCCGCCAGCUACAGCCGCAACCGGCUGACGCGGCUGCUGGACGAGGUGGCGAACUGGAAGCGGGUGGAGGGCGAGAGGCUGCUGCGGGAGGGCGAGCGGCUCAAGAUGUUGGACGAGCUCAAGAAAAUGAACAUCACGCAACUCGGCGUGUUGCUGGGGCCCGACAGUGCGCUGCUCAAGGAGAUCACUCGGCUUCAGGACAUGUACACCGGCAACCUGGAGGCCGUCAAGGGCCAAGCAGACCAACACACGCGCGCGGUGCUGGACGCGCUCCAGGCCGCGGGCGAGACGGCUCUGGCUGUGAAGGAGGCGGUGGUGGAGGCGGCCAUCAAGCAGCAGGACGACGUGCUAGAGCUGGUGGAGCGGGUGGCGCCGCCCGUGCCGCCGCCGCCGCCGCUGCACAGCCCGCUGCUGUCACUGCCCAACCAGACGCUGUACGGCGGCGCUCCGCCCGCCUCCGACCUGCUGAGCCCCACCUGGUGGACCAGCCUGCUGGACCCGGGCCGCCGCCAACAGGUGGAGGCGGACGUGACGGCGGCGCUGCACGGCGGCGGACCCGACGGCGCGGCGGCCGCCACGCUGCCUGCUGCCGGCGGCGUGGCGGCGGAGCUGCUCGCACACCAGGUGGCGGGCGUGGCCAGCGCCAUACGCGGCUCACUGGACACUCCGGGCACACGGGAGGCGUCCGUCAGUGCCAUUACACAGGCGGCGCGACAGGUGUCCGCCAAGCUGGAUAUGGCGGUCCGCGACUACCUGGACCGGACCUCAGGCGUCGCAACAGCGCCAGGCACGGGAGCCGACGUGGGCGCGGGCGGCACCAGCAUCCCUGUUUCGGACGCCACGCUGGCAGGUGGGCUUGCCUCGCCAGGCUUCGGCCUCGACCCGCUCCGUCCCGGGGCGAUGCCGGCGACCCUAGCAGGCAUGUCGCUGCUGCCCCAGCUGGGCGGCUUCAGCGGUGGCUUGUACGGGGCCGGCACGGGCGGCGCCAUGCCCGCCGCGGCCCCGGGCGACCCAUGGAUUGCGCGGCCAGUGCAGCUGCCGCCCGUGAUGCUGUCCGACGGCACGCUGCUGCAGCAGCCCCUGACAGCCGCAGCCGUGCUACAGCCGCCGGCCGCGUCCACCCUGGGCUCGGCGCUCCCCGGCACCGCCUCCAUGAGCGGCGCAAGCCUCCCACACGGGACCGCGUCCGUGGUCGCGCUAGGGACGCCGGCGGCGCCCACUGCCGGGACUGGCUCACUGCUGGCCGGCUUCCCGGGCUUGGCGCCGCCGGCGCCGCCUACGCUCGUGGCGGUGCAAGGGGCGCUGCCGGCGGGCGGCGCCAGCGGCACAGCGCUUCAGAACCUGCCGACUUGCAACCCGGCAUAUCUGGCGGCACCUGCAGCCUCCUACGCCGGGCAGGGCGUAGGCGCCUGGACAGCGGCAGGGCAGCCCAUGCCCGGCACCGCGGGUGGCAUGGCCGUGGCCAAUGGCGGGCCCAUGCCCGGCGAGGGCCUGCCGUGCCGGCUAUCGGUGCACAUGACGGAGGUGUACCCUGGCUCUGCGGACCUAGCCCGCUCCGCAGCACAGGCUGCGGCUGCACACCAUGCAACCACAUCAGUGUACAGAGACGCAGUCGGCGCAACGGCUGCGGCAGCGGCUGCGACAGCGGCGGCAGCAGCAGCCGCUUCAUCGCCCCGCAGUGACGGCAGCCACGGUGCUGUGCCGGCGCAGGAGCUGGGCGACUAUGAGCGUGCUCGCCGCAGCUCGGGCGGUGGCAGGCCGAUGCUGAGUGGCCGCGACGGCGACGGCGAUGGUGGCUCCGUCCUGGAUGUGGCUGUGAGUGCACUGACAGAAGACCUGUUGCGGCUGCGGGGCGCAGCCGCCGAUGCGGUGGCAGACCUGGCGGCGGCUGCGGCGGUGACAGCAGCGGCCUCGCCGCCGCCGUCGCCGCCGCGGUCAGGUCGGUCAGGAAGGCCGCCGGCGGCCAGCAGCGGCGCUUCGCGGCGUCUGCAUUUUGACACGCAGUCCAUUAACUCGGAUCGCCGGGCGCAGCCUGGCAGCAGCCGCGUCAGCGGCGCUGGUAGCGCUCACGGUGGUGGCGGCGGUGGUGGCGGCGGCGGUGGCGGUGGCGGCGGCGGCAGCCGCCGCGUGAGCAGCAGCUCUCGGAGGGCUGACGACCCUACUGAGGCGGCGGGGUCGCAGGAUCGCCGAGUGGCACGCGAGGAGGAGCGGGUGCGUGGUGAGCGGUCGGGGCGGGACCGCGGUCAUCGCGACCAUGAGGGCCGCCCAGGGCGCGACCGGGCCCGGGAGGCUGAUGAGGAGGCUGGGCAGCGCAGUGUGCGCAGCAGCAUAGCGGGCAGCGUUGCAGGCAGCAUGGGUAGGCGCGAGAGCGACCACCACGGCCGGCGCCAGGAGCAGUGGGAACAGCAGCAGCAGCAGCAGCAGCAGUCGGGCCGAGCGCGAGGUGGUGGGGAGCACAAGCGGCCUGGCUACCUCGAUGCGGGCAGCCGCAGGGGUGAUGCCGCGUCGGCAGACGGCAGCGAGGCGUCGUUGAAUGCGGGUUUGGCGGAGCUGACCUUCUCGCCUCACCGGCAGCCGCCAGCCGGUGCCGCAGGUAGCGCUGCUGCAGUACGGCCGCAGCACGCACCACCGCAGCACCAGCAGCUGGCGCCUGCAGGGCAAGAGCACGGCGCGGCUGCCAAUCGCCUCUUCCCCAGGCCCUCCACUGCGCCUGCAGUCACUGCAGCCGCCGCUGGAGCCGCAAGCUACGGCCCGGCCGGAACCGAACUGGCGGCGCCACCGCUGGUUGCACAGCAUCCCCAAUCCAUGCCCGCACCUCAGCCCUACCAAGGCUACCACCCGCAGUCUCACCCUGCCUCGCCGGGGGCUCCAGCGUAUCCUGGCGCCUCUGCAGGAGGGCUGUCCGUCCUGCCGCAUUCGCCCUCACACGGCGCGCACCAAACCCAGCAUCAACACCAACCUCGCAGCCCAGGGCACCCGCCGCCCCGCCACCACCAUCCAGUGCCACCCUAUUCUCCGCCUUACGGUGGCGGCUCGGCAGCCGUUCAUGCGCCUGCGUACGCGCCGCCGGCCGGUGUAUCACAGCCCAUGUCGCCAUACGCGCCGCACGCGCCCUUGAUGCAGCCACCACAGCAACAGCAGCAACAGCUACAGCCGCAGCAGCUGCAGCCGCAGCAGCAAGUCAGUGGUCACUACCUGUACUCGGCGCCGCAGCAGUUCUUCCAGCUGCCUCCCACCGGCGCCAAUGGUGCCUCUCCACCCGCAAUGGCGCCGCCGGGCUACGCCCCUGCGGCUGCCGCUGCCGGGCCCGGCAUGCAGCUGAUGUCGCCCGCCGGCUCGGUGGCGCCGGGCGCGUGGCCGUACGGGGGCGGCCACAUGCCUGCGCCACAUGCCCCACAGCACGCCCCGCCUGCGCCACAGCUGCAGCUGCAGGCUGCGCCACAGCAGGCGGCAUCCCUGUCGCCGUACCGGCAGCAGCAGCAGCAGCAGCCCCUGUCCUUUCCCGGCAUGAUGCCAGCCUUCGGCUCGGGCGGUGUGGGCGGCGGCAGUAGCACUGUAGGCGCACCGGCAGUAGCAUUGGCGGCUGGCAGCCAAGGGGACGCUGUGCAGCGGGCUUACCAGGCAACACUGGCGCAGCUCCAGGCAGUGUACCAGGGGUCUGCCCCACCUAACUUAUAAUCGCAACUGUUGUUGGUAUGCAUAUUGCAGUACCUCCGUAUUGUGUUCUAGGAACCAUGGAUGGCGGUUAUCCUAGAUGCGAUUAGGGUGCCGAGGGGGGCAGACUGAUGGAGGGCUAGGUCAUCGCCAACCGAGCAUGAUAGGGGCGGUCCUAAGCAAGAGAGGUGUAACACCACCGGUUA